ACCUCUACUACCGACGGCCUCGACCACGCGAGCUUGGUGACCUCCUCUAUCUCGAUCGUCCUCAUACAUACUCACUCUCACUUUGGCCUUUUGUCUUCUCGACCUCUCGUUCCUGAUCGACGUGCUCAAGAUAUCAAACAUUAGUUUGGGGUUCCAAGACGAGCGAUCUGGCCAACGACGACAAAGCUCCCUCUAGGUCGACCUCGAUGGUAUUGGCGCAAUGACCGGUCCACACUUCAAUUGUUUGCGCCUCAUAGGCGCUUUCGUGUUUCUCAUUCAAGUUGCUAUCGCGCAACAAUGCUACUAUCCGAAUGGCGAAGAAGCAGCUGAUUCCGAGAAGGCAUGCUCUUCGGCAUCGGGUUCAGCAUGCUGCCCUGACAAGUGGCAAUGUCUUGACAACGGUCUGUGCUAUUAUCCAGCGGACAAGAUAUAUGGGAGGUACAGUUGCACGGAUAAGGACUGGAAAUCGCCGGGCUGUGCGUCCAACAUGUGCACAUACGACAUGAAUGCAGUGGGCGGCGAAUCUAUCACGCAGUGUUCAGACCAUAACGACGACUGGUGCUGCAACGCCGACGCAACCCACGUUGACUGUUGCAAGGAAUCGCCUGAGCCACGGCCCUUCUUCAAACUGCAAGACGGGAAACCGUAUGCGACAAUUGGUAAAUCCACAGCCAAAAGCGCCCCUACGUUAGCUUCAAUUACAGGCCUCGCGUCUGGCGGUGGAAGUAGCACUAGCAGCGACAGCAGCGAUAGCAGCAGCAGCAGCAGCAGCAGUAGCAGCAGUAGCAGCGAUUCAUCCUCGUCUUCAGAACUUCCCACCAGCAUACCGUUGACUUCGGUCUCGGCUCGCACCUCUACCUCGACCGGCUCUUCAGGUACAACUGUCAUCACCGAGUCGAGUACCGUCACUUCAGCCGUCAACGCACCAACCAAUUCCCCUCCCCCUUCGCCUACCCCCCCAGGUGACGGUAACGAGGGAACUACAUCCAAGAUCCCCGUCAUUGUAGGGUGCGCAGUUGGCAUUCCACUCGCUCUCGCUUUAACCGGCAUCCUCUUCUGGCUCUUCCGCAAGCGCUCAAAGCAGCAAAAAGAGAAAAACCCCUACACCGAGACCCACGACCCAGACUAUACCAACGAAGGUAAAUCCUUUGCAGGCGGUGCAGGGCAUGGAUUCGCAGGCGUCGCACCAAUGCCCCCGGAACUCGAAUCGCAGAGCGUCGGUCCCGACCGCCCCAUCUCCACGAUCCCCGGCUCCGCCGAACUCGACACUGGAAACGGCUUCGCAACGGACGCUCCUGUACCGCAUGCACCGCAUCUCGUCGGCGUCGGAGGCGGGAGCUCAAGUAGUCGAUACUACAGCGGCGGCGAUACAACGGCAGCCCAAAACGUACCAUCUCCUCAAAACAACACCACUACGAAUACCUCCACCGCGCCAUACCCGGAAUCACCCCCCGUUAUGUCCGCGAGUUGGGGCAGCGCGCCAGUCGGAUACUCGUACCCGCAUUCGCCAGCCUCGACGGCUUCAGGCUUCGCACCGCAAGACGGAACCGCAGGAGCUGGUGGAUACAUCCCAUAUCGCCCGCCACCAGGACACGCGGCAUAUGGUGCCGGAGGAGGCGGUCUCUCGAAUGUCCCUGAAGCUGCUGAGCUUGGAAGUACUAGUCCUGUACCCGCGGAAUUGGCGCAACCUUCUCCCCCUGCGGCUACUGAGUUGGCGCAGCCGUCUCCUAUUGUUCCUGAGACGAGACCCUGA